UAUCUUAUCCUGGAUAUCACUACAACCAGUCAAACCACCAACUUCCUUCACUUCACAGUUCACACUGACCGGCCGGUUAUAGAAACCAGAAUAUCUAAAACCCAAAAAAUUAUAAAGAAAAGAGAAUAUGGCGUUCUCAGCGUCGUUCUGGUCUUCGCUAAUUCCUCCAAACAGAGGAUUUUGUUUUGCUAGAGCACCUCCCGCCAAUCAAAAACCGACGACCAAACAGCAUCCACUCACAACUGCAUUUGCCAUUGACCCGCUCUCGACUGCAACCGCGGCCGAAGUAACCGGUGCAAUUGACGGGACGACGAUCGCCGUGAUCGGCGGGGGAUCGGUGGCUGCGCUGGCGGCUGUGCUGUCGCUUUCGGACCCUGAGAGGCGGCGGAAGGAGCAGGCGGAGGUGGUUGGAGGGGGCGACAAGGAGGUUGUGAGGGAAUACUUCAACAACACGGGAUUCCAGAGGUGGAAGAAGAUCUACGGUGACACGGAAGACGUGAACCGGGUUCAGUUGGACAUAAGGUUGGGGCACUCGAAGACGGUGGAGAGCACGCUUAUGAUGUUGAAGGACGAAGGGUCGCUGGAAGGUGUGACGGUGUGUGACGCCGGUUGCGGCACCGGUUCCCUUGCGAUUCCGCUGGCCAAGGAGGGUGCCAUUGUUUCCGCCAGCGAUAUCUCCGCUGCUAUGGUUGCUGAAGCUGAGAAACAGGCAAAAGAACAACUUGGAUCAAGUGAAGAUAGUGUAUCCCCUGCAGCUGCGAUGCCGAAAUUUGUGGUGAAAGAUUUGGAAAGCUUAGAUGGCAAGUAUGACACGGUGGUGUGCCUGGAUGUUUUGAUUCACUAUCCGCAAAAUAAGGCAGACGGCAUGAUUGCUCACCUUGCAUCAUUGGCCAGCAACCGGUUGAUUCUGAGUUUUGCUCCAAAGACAUUCUAUUAUGAUCUGCUAAAGAGGAUUGGAGAGUUGUUCCCCGGACCUUCAAAGGCAACAAGGGCAUAUCUUCAUUCGGAGGCAGAUGUAGAGAGGGCAUUGCAAAAGGUUGGCUGGAAGAUAAGGAAGAGAGGCUUAAUCACCACUCAGUUUUACUUUGCUAAGCUUGUCGAGGCUGUUCCUAUGUAGUGAUCCUUGGAAGGUGAGUUUUCGAUGACAUAAUCUAUUUUUGUUUAGAGGGAAUUCCUUAUGUAAAUUGUAAGGCCUUUUUCUUUUUAACUUUUUUUUUUCUUUUUUCAGUGCCAUUGUAUGCUUUGAACAGCUCUCUGCAUAUAAUUCGAUUAUACAAUAUAUUUUUUCUUUUUUCUCA